CCAGCUCAUCCUCAAUGACAGAGCCAUCAACCUGCAGUCAGACCUGACAGAGGUUGUGAACUUGGAUAAUGCAGCGCAUUCCUGCAUUUUGAAUCCUUGCUACAACUUGGCCAGCUGCCAGCCCAGGAAGGAGAGAUAUGACUGUGAUUGCCCCUUGGGCUUUGUGGGGCGACACUGUCAGAAAGAGUGUGGGAACUACUGCCUCAACACCAUCACCAAACUUAUUGAGAUUCCACAGUUCAUUGGCCGCAGUUACCUGACUUAUAACAACCCAGAUAUCCUCAAGAGGGUGUCAGGAUCACGGUCAAAUGUGUUCAUGAGGUUUAAGACGACUGCCAAGGAUGGCCUGUUGUUGUGGAGGGGAGACAGCUCUAUGAGACCCAACAGUGACUUCAUCUCCUUGGGCCUUCGUGACGGAGCUCUGGUGUUCAGCUACAACCUGGGCAGCGGUGUGGCAUCUAUCAUGGUGAAUGGCUCCUUCCACGAUGGUCGAUGGCACCGAGUCAAGGCUGUCCGGGAUGGCCAGUCAGGAAAGAUAACUGUGGAUGACUAUGGAGCAAGAACAGGCAAAUCCCCUGGCAUGAUGAGGCAGCUCAACAUGAAUGGAGCCCUAUAUGUGGGUGGAAUGAAGGAAAUCGCUUUGCACACUAGCAGGCAAUUCCUUAGAGGACUGGUGGGCUGCAUCUCUCAUUUCACACUAUCCACUGAUUACCACAUUUCCCUUGUGGAAGAUGCCAUGGAUGGAAAAAAUAUCCAUACUUGUGGAGCCAAGUAAUACCAGUUGGCCUUGCUCAAGGGACAGAGCCUUCUAUCCUGGGUCU